AGCUAAAGUGUCAUUGAUUGUAUAAGAAGCGCUGAAGCGAAGGGGUUGGUUGAGUUGUUGAAAAUCGAUAGGUACCUUUAUGAAAUAACAACGCACGUGCUGGGGAGCCAGACAAACGGGUGUCUCAUUGUCAAUACAUAUAUAGCGUCGUAUUGUGUAUGGAGUGGAGCACGCGUGAGAGAGUCAACAACGGCUGAUUGAGAUAAUUAUUGCUACUUGGCUGACUCACUGGGUCGCAUUUCGAAACUGAAACGCGCCACAUAGCUUUUGCUGUCUGUAUUCUCUAUCGCUUUGCUUAUUGGCAAUUAUUGGUACGCUCUUUUAAUUGCAAACAUGAUCGUGAAGGGCAAAAGAGCAUAACAAAAUACGAUUAAACGGCUGACGACAGAAUUGGCUGUGGUCUCGAAUGUGCCAGCGGUAGGAAUAAAAGCAUUGGCUAUCAACGGUAACUCGGUCAAGUCAGGAUUUUAUACCCUCGUGGAUAUAUAGUUCACACGGUUUAUUUUAAACUUAACAAAUCAACGCUUAAAGCCGACAAUACGGGUAACAAAACCGCCAGGAGCACUCUUAGUCAGUAUCAUAGAAAUAUGUACAAACAAACUUGUACGAAUCUGCUUGAGCAACCGCCGGAGAAGGUCAAGGAAUGGCUAAACGGCUUCGACGCUGUUAUCACCGAUUGUGAUGGCGUCCUAUGGGUGUACAGCAAUGUCAUAGAAGGCGCUGUGGAUACAAUGAAUCGUUUCAAAACGAUUGGCAAAAAGAUUUUCUUCUGCACCAACAAUUCGACAAAAACACGUCAACAAUUGCUAGAGAAAUCACAUAGCAUGGGUUUUGAUAUAACUGCCGAGGGCAUGAUAUCGUCAGCGCACUCUACGGCUGCAUAUCUGAAAGCGCGUAAUUUCCAAAAGAAAGUAUAUGUGAUAGGCGCUGGUGGCAUAACUGGUGAACUAGAUGCAGUUGGCAUUAAGCACAGUGAAGUGGGUCCGGAUGUAAUGACCAGUACAUUAGCUGAUUACUUGGCUACGAACUUUCAUAAGGAGACCGAUAUUGGUGCUGUUGUUGUGGGCUUCGAUGAACAUUUCAGUUUCUGUAAAAUGAUUAAAGCCGCUACAUAUUUGGAUAAUCCAGAUUGUUUAUUCAUUGCAACAAAUACGGAUGAGCGUUUUCCUAUGCCCGGCAUGGUGAUACCCGGUUCGGGUAGUUUCGUACGUGCCGUGCAAACGUGUGCUGAACGUGAACCCUUCGUAAUUGGCAAACCGAAUCCUAGCAUUUGUGAGUGGUUAAUAAAUGAGGGUACCAUUGAUCCAACGCGUACGCUGAUGAUUGGCGAUCGCUGCAACACUGACAUACUUUUGGGCUACAAUUGUGGUUUCCAAACAUUGCUUGUCGGCACAGGCAUACAUAAGUUGAACGAUGUCGAGGCGUGGAAGAAUUCAGAUGAUCCGGAGCAAAAGAAACUGAUACCCGAUGUCUUUUUGCCCAAAUUGGGUGACUUGCUGCCAUUUAUGUAGUGUUACUUUUUGAGGGUAAAUGUAAAUUAAAAAAUAAAACUAUGCACUAAAUAGCAAAAAAAGAAAAGAAAAAAAUACUGAAAUAAAGCCGGCGCUGACACACACAAUA